UCCCCAAAUCUCGGCUAUAAAUACCCACCCGCCAUUUCCCCCCACAACCACAAUAAAAAAUUCAACACUCUCUUCUUCACUCAUUCCUCUUUCCCUUCUUACUAUCACCACAACAAUGCCUCCAGCUGAAGCUCUAAACCCCAACCCCAACAACACCAUGAAGCCACUCAACGUCGAAACCAAACCACCCUCCAACGGCCACCUCGCCCCGCCGCCGGAGGACGCUCCGGCCACCACAAAAUCCGCUCUCUACGCCUACAGAAAAAUCAUCCUCGUGGCUUCCAUCGCCAUUGGGCUCCAAUUCGGGUGGGCCCUACAGCUCUCCUUGCUCACGCCUUACGUCCAGCUCCUCGGGAUCCCCCACAAGUACGCCGCCCUCGUCUGGCUCUGUGGGCCCAUCUCCGGCAUGAUCGUCCAGCCACUCGUCGGCUACUACAGCGACCGCUGCACCUCCCGCUUCGGCCGCCGCCGCCCCUUCAUCGCCGGCGGCGCCGCCUUCAUCCUCGUCGCCGUCUUCCUCAUCGGCUUCGCCGCCGACAUCGGACACGCCGCCGGCGACGACCUCUCCAAGCCGUCCAAGCCGCGGGCCAUCUCCGUCUUCGUCGUCGGCUUCUGGAUCCUCGACGUCGCCAACAACACCCUCAUGGGCCCCUGCCGCGCCCUCCUCGCCGAUCUGUCCGGGACCAGUCAGAAGAAGACGCGUGUCGCCAAUUCGUUCUUCUCGUUCUCCCUCGCCGUCGGUAACGUUCUGGGCUACGCCGCCGGGAGCUACAGCGGCCUCUACAAGAUCUUCCCCUUUACCAGGUCCCAAGCGUGCGACGUCUACUGCGCAAAUUUGAAAUCCUGCUUCUUGAUCGCCAUCACGCUCCUCCUCUUUUUCGCUUCCAUCGCGAUCUAUUACGUCACCGAGCGGCCGAUUUCAGCCGACGGGAAGUUCGUCGCCGGAACCGGCGACGGCGACGAGGAGGAUGAUGAAGUUGAGGAGAAGUCGGCGGCGGUGGCGCCGCCGCCGACGGCGUGCGGCGGGGUGCCGUUCUUCGGCGAAUUGUUCGGCGCGAUGGCGAACAUGAAGAAGCCGAUGAUCGUGCUCCUGAUGGUGACGGCGCUGAACUGGAUCGGGUGGUUCCCGUUCUUCCUCUACGACACCGACUUCAUGGGGCGGGAGGUGUACGGCGGGGUUUCGAACGGCGGGACGGCGGCGGAGCUGAGGAUGUACGCGCGCGGGGUGCGCGUGGGGGCGCUGGGCCUGCUGCUGAACUCGGUCGUCCUCGGGUUCGCUUCGCUCGGGAUCGAGACGUUCAGCCGGUGGGCCGGCGGGGCGAACCGGCUCUGGGGUUUCGUCAAUUUUAUUCUGGCCGGUUGUUUGGGGCUGACCGUGUUGGUCAGCAAGCUCGCCGAUUCGAACCGGCAGUACGGCGUCGGCGGGGUCCUGCUGGGGCCGACCGCCGGGGUUCAGGCGGCGGCGCUGCUUCUGUUCGCGGUGUUGGGUAUUCCUCUGGCGGUGGCUUUUAGCGUUCCUUUUGCUUUGACAUCAAUAUUCUGCAAUGAAGCUGGUGCGGGACAAGGACUUUCGAUAGGAGUACUGAAUCUUUCCAUCGUUAUCCCACAGUUGGUGGUGUCGUUGCUGGCUGGACCGUGGGACGCUCUGUUCGGCGGGGGGAACUUGCCGGCGUUUGUGGUCGGAGCGAUCGCGUCGGCCUGCAGCGGACUAUUGGCCUUAACGAUGCUCCCAUCUCCGUCGCCCGAAGCCGUCGGAAAAGUCGCCGUCGGUGGCUUCCAUUGAUGACGAAUUAGUCAUCACAAUUAGUUUACCUACCUCAGAAUCAACACCUCGUUUUUCUGCUUUUUAUAUUACUUCUUUUUGAUUUGUAUAAUUCCCCCGUUACAUUACAUCUGUCACAAGCCAGAAGUGGCCUUUCUGCCUUCGAUCUCCCUUUCUUCCUUUCCCUACCACCUAAAGAGAUCAUAAUUCUCCAUGUGCAUGCCCUUUUUUCUUUUUAGUAACCACAUCCUUCCAACAUGUGCGGGGAAGGGGGAAAAGUGGGCUAAAACGGCAUCCUUAGUUGGUCGUUUCUCGUCUGUAGUUCGUCAUCGUCGUGAUCAUCAUCAGCGGGCCAAAGAAUUGAGAAUUGGGCCAUAGAAAAUCUAUGGAAUAUAUUGCUGUUUGCUGCACUAUGUAUUUUUUGUCGUCAUGAUUGGAAAUUAUAUAUAAGGAAGAAGUUGCACGUGAAUGCAUAUGAUGGGUUUGUGAAAGUUGUUCAUGAAUGUUGCGCGCGGUAAGAGUAGUUGUGGUUAUUACAUGCGUACGUACGGUCCAUGGAGUAGUUUUG